GAACUGAAUCGUAUCAACACUGAACUGAAUUGAAUGUUUCAUAAUUACAUUUUGCAACAUCCACAGUUAUUGAACUGAAUUGCAUCAAUUGAGCAGAAUAAUGGCACUGUUGUCUUCUGUAGAUCUGCUUUCUAAGCAAAAUUGAAUUCAUAAUUGUAUUUUUACGUUAAUUUUGCAACACUGACUCGUAUUGUACGUAAUUGAAUCAACAUUAAACUCAAUUGAAUGUUUAUACAUUUUCCAACAUUGGCACUUAUUAAACUGAAUUGAAUCAACAUAGAAGCUCAAUUGAAUGUUUCAUUGAUUAUUUUGGAACAUUGACACUGUUAUUGAACUGAAUCAACAAUCCCAGCUAACUAAAAUAUGUUCUUGGAAUGUUUUGCUAACAUUCAUAUUAAGUUAUUAAAAAAAAAAUCGAAAUGUUCUCUGAACAUUAAAAACAACUGUUUUUUUCACAUUUUUAAAUGUUGUUAAUGGAACAUUCUACUUUAUCGUUGUUCAAACAAUAUUGGAAUGUUACUUUUGAAGGUUCUCUGAAACUAUUAAAAGUAGUAAAGCUGACGACCAACAUCCAACUAAAACGUUCCAUGAACAAUGUAUAAAGAAUGUUUUUGAGCUGACUUUUUUGACAACAUUAAAGACCAGAUAACAUUGAACAAACGUUCUAAUGUCGUUACUGGAAGAACUUUGAGAGCACCUUCCCACAGCGUUAGCCAAAGUUAUGAGAACGUUCCCUGUUACCUGGGUGAAUGAUGACACUUGAUUAAGUCUGUAUCAUUGAUUGUUGUUUCCUGUGAGGCUGUUUUGAAUCUGUAUUGUAUAAAGCGCUAUAUAAAUGUGAUGGAUCUGUAAUCUGAUUGGAGAGUUUGUUCUUUUCAGUGACCGCUCUAAAGGACACACACUCACUCCAGAUAAACCAUGAGUCACUAAUGCGUCUCUUACAGAAACACACCAACGGAUCCUCCUUAAGAACUUCCUGAACCUUUAACGAAUGGACUUACAGUGGGAUCAGGACGAACAUCUGGUCUGAGACAGAGAGCAGCUGCAAAACUCCACAAAUCCAGCGAUAAGAUGAACAUCUUCCGACUGUCUGGAGAUCUGUGUCAUCUGGUCGCCAUCAUUAUUCUGUUCCUGAAGAUAUGGAGAUCCAAAUCAUGCGCAGGUAUUUCUGGGAAGUCUCAGCUGCUGUUCGCGCUGGUCUUCACCACCAGAUAUCUGGACCUGUUCACUGCCUUCAUCUCCAUCUACAACACCGUCAUGAAGGUGGUGUAUCUGGUCUUGGCGUAUGCCACUGUUAGCCUCAUCUACUCGCGCUUCAGGAACUCGUACGACUCUGAGAGCGACUCGUUCCGCGUGGAGUUCCUGCUGGUGCCGGUGGCCGGCCUGUCCUUCCUGGAGAACUACGCCUUCACUCCACUGGAGAUCAUGUGGACGUUCUCCAUCUACCUGGAGUCGGUGGCGAUCCUGCCCCAGCUGUUCAUGAUCACGAAGACGGGCGAGGCGGAGUCCAUCACCACACACUACCUGUUCUUCCUGGGCCUGUACCGCUCGCUGUACCUCGCCAACUGGGUGUGGCGCUAUCAUGUGGAGGGGUUCUUCGACCAGAUCGCCGUGGUAUCCGGCGUCGUCCAGACCAUCUUCUACUGUGACUUCUUCUAUCUCUACUUCACCAGAG